AUGAAGGUUACAGUGCUAGCUGAGCUCCCAGACUACUGCCUUCAUCAACUGCAGCCAUAUGAUGAGCCAUUGCGGUUAUCCAGUCCAGUCGAGUCUUCAGAUGACUGUACCCUCAGUCAAUAUCUCACUGCAAGUGCACAAGAGACUUCAUUUGGGACCUGCAAGCUGAGCUCAGGAAGAAUUCCAUUGCAUUUUAGAGAACAAGAUUUGAAGUCAGACUCCCUUGUUCUGAUUUGGCUCUGCCACCUACUUGUCCUUUGGAAGAAUAUUUCCUCAAAUUUCUUGCAACAUGAACCCGCCCACCUAUGUGGUGCCAACCUUGACUUCUCAAUGGGACAGUACAUCCACAAAAGGAAAAGUGAUGCCAUCUACAUAAUAAAUUUGGAGAAAAGCCAGGCUGAUGUCAGUAUCCUAUCCUCCAGGAAUAUUGGCUCAUGGGCCAAGAAGUUUGUGGCUGUUACUAGAGCCACUCCUAUAACUGGCCAUGUCAGUCCAGGAAACUUCACCAACCAAAUCCAGGCAGCCUUCCGGGGAGCUGCUGAGACAGUGGUUACUGAUCCCAGGGCUAAUCACCAGCCUCUCACAGAGGUGUCUUAUGUUACUCCACUUACCAUCACUCUGUGUAAAACAGACUCUUCUCUACACUAUGUGGACACUGCCACACCAUGCAGCAAAAAGGGAGCUCACUCAGUGGGUCUGAGGUGGACGCUGGCCAGGAAGUUUUGCUCAUGUGCAGCACCCUCUCCCAAGAACAGCUGGUGGAAUGUCACAGUUCUGGAGGUCAGAAGUUCAAGAUCAAGUGCCAUCAAGGUUGGUUUCUCCUGA